AAUGCAUGCUGGAUCACGUUCUCUCAUGGCUGCCAUUUCUCGAGGAAUUCUACUACUAGCUGUUUUGCCGUCCUUUUGGGUGAGUAACAAUUACUUUAUUGUGCUUUAAAUACCUGAGUUCUAAAGCAUAUAGCGCACACAUCAAUCAAAGCGGCCUACACUCACACCAAAACCUUUAUAGAGCUCCCAAUUCGAUCAGACUUGACGGUUGCUGCGUUCAAUUGCUGUAUAAACCGCUAUCAAACUGGGAAACAAUACCGCAUCAAAAUACGAAAUAAAGCCUCCUUCAUAAAUGGGUAUCAGUCACAUUAUUUCAUUUGUAAACAACGUUACGAAGUUCAUUAAGUCCAGUUUAUACUUCAUUGCUGGUGAGCUUCGCUCGUUCAUUUGUCAAUCUCAGGGACAUGCGAAGUCCAAUGAAUCUCAACACGAGACACAAGCGGAGGACUUGAUGACAAACUCUGAAGAUACUGAUAAUUAAGGUGACCAGACGAAUGAGCAAGUAGUGCAGGUAACUAACAUGUCAAGGAAAUUAAUAGUCCAAACUCUUCUCUUAGUAAACAAAUCUCAUUUGAAAUUUUCAUGGAGAACAAAAAAUUAACUUAAUGAAGAUAAACAAUACUUUGUCAUCCUAACUGUCGCUGUUGCUAACAUUUAAUAAUGCCAUUUAGGCAAAGAAGUUUGCGGCUUUUCUGAUCCUCACAAGACUUUUCUAUUCCUCGGAAAGUUAUUGUUGUUGAUAGAAAGUUAUUGUUGUUGUUGUUAAUCGCAAGUUAUAAUGAAUAAUUUAAUUUUAAACAUGACAAUUGAGAUAGGCAAAUAUUGCAGAAUAUUUAAAGCACAGAGCAGAGGAAACCCACACCAACCAACCAGCCUGUAUUGUUUUCCACGCAGCAAGAAUUUAGUUUCUAUAUUUCUUUUCCUGUACGAUUAGAUUAGAAAUGCUUUGAUUGUAGACUGACAAAAAUGUUGAAUGAAGACAUUUUUAAAAAGUUCACUUAAAAGUAACAGGCUUGUAAACAGAUAAGUUCGAAAAUACAGCACUAAACUCAAAGCGUUUUUAAUAUUUUAAAAUAAGCUGAAAUACACAGCAACAAAUAAGCUAAAUUUCUUUUUCUUCAUAAUUGAUAUCAUUCAAGUUGUUUUUCAUGUAAGCUUAUACGUUUUCCAAACUUUGGUUACCCCCCAAAAACAUAGAAUAACAUCAGAAACCAAGUUUCUGAAAUAAGAAAGAGCAGACCCUGAAUGAAUUAAUUUAUAAAACGGUAGCCAUUUGACGAAAUUGGAACACUUCAUGCUGAUAAAUCUAUGUGAGGCAGCUCAAUAAUCCUGAAUAAUUUGGUCUUCAGAUAGCCACAUGCAAGUUUGUUUUCCUGUUCAAAUUUCGUGCCAGAAACACUUAUUCUUAUCUAACAAUAUCCCUUAUAGAUUACUUUUAACUCAAUAAAUUUAUCAAAGAAAUUGGGUUAUUCUGAAAGUGAUAAAACCUACCUUAGAAAUCUCGUCCUCUGGCUACGACUUCUCACAAAAAUCUCGUUGUCAACGAAAGGAGGGCUACGAGUUUUUAGCUCUACGUGACAGUGUCACGGUCAUGACGCAUGCACAUUGCUCAGUAAUUGGAAAUCUCAUACUCGUAGUCGUACUCGGAGUCGGAUCUAAAGGUCCCUAUUCUUGCGAUCAAAGAGGACAAAGAAAUUAGGACAAUGACGGUAAAGAACUAAACAUAAUUUGUCAUCCUCACUGUUGCUUUUGCUAUAAUUUAAUAAUGCCAUUUAAGGCAAAGAAGUAGGUGGGUUUUCUGAUCCUCACAACACUUCUCUAUUCCUGAAAAUAUUAUUGUUGUUGAUAGCCAGUCAUUGUUGUUGUUGUUGGUCAUGAGUAAUUCUUGCGAUGAAAGAGGACAAAGAAAUUAAGACAAUGAAGGUAGAGAACUAAAUUUACAAUUUUAUCAUCUUCAAUGUUAAUUGAGCACUGUAAUUUUUAACUUGAAAAUUGCCAAAGAAAAAGCAUUGCAAAAGCCCUAGUCCUCAAAUUCAAGUACUUUCAAGGCCUUGAAUUUUUAUUUUUAAAUUCAAGCAUCUUCAAGGACUUUCAAGGCUUUACAAACCCUGAUUAGGUAAUGUAUUUGCCUUUAACUGCAAGGAGAAGGUAAUUUUUUAUCUAUUAUUGGUACCGAGUCGUAGUUUGUUGCCAAAUUUUUCACCCAAGGGGAGUUGUCAGAAGUCGGUAGAUUGAAGCAAUAUUACUGUUCGAUAGUUCAUAUUGUUUUUAAUAGAAAAAUCUCUGAAACCACUGCAAUUUUAUAUAGCUAGAGUGAGUGCUCUAUGGUAGAGCAUCAAUUUUAGGAAUUACGUAUAACAAAACUGUAACAAAACAAUGGAGAUGUUUCAAUAUUUUGUAUCAAUGCAGUGUUCUUUUCCUGUGUAUUGAUCGGAAACAACGUCAAAUAAGUCUAACCAUGGAAUUAUUCAUAAGCUAUAACAUGAGGUUCAAUGUUCUUUCUUCAGUUUCUUGGAUGAUCUGUUCUUGUUAAUAUUUUGAAUAAGAAUUUUGAGUGGUGAAAUAGGUACUUGAUUAAAGUUGUUGAUGUUGAAGUCUCCUAAUAUGAUAUCAAUGGUAUUUCUUUGAAGAAUAUUGUUGAGGUUGUCAACAUAUUGGGUAAUGUUUGAGUUGUUUUUUCUAUAUGUUAAAAGGAAUCUUAUCAUUCUGUUAGUGUUGGGGUUAAAUACAUUAAACAUUAAACCAUUGAUAACUGAAACAUAGUGGGUUUACAUUAUAUUGAUAUUGUCUUAAGUAAAAAUAGCUAAACUGGAAAAUUUAUCAGAAGGGUGUUCUUGUCUAUGCAGUUCAUAAGGAUGCAAAGUUUGUUUGAUAGUAUCAUCAGAGUGGUGGAGUAAAAGCUGAGUUUCUGUCAGUGCUAAAAUAUCACAUUUUGUGAGAGAUGCAUCAUGCUUGAUGUCAAUACUAUGUUUUGUUAGGGACAGUGCAUUUAAGAGGUAUACUUUUGGGGUUUUGAAGAUGUGCAUCUGAUGUGGAAGAACGUAAAAUUGGAGUAAGCAUUUUCUUGCUGUCUCAUUCUGUGGUAUUCUGCUUCUACUCUCAGAUUUGCUUGUACGUGUUUGUUUUCUAUUUGUUCAAUCACAUGCAAUCCUUGUAAAGAAGUUGCUUGGCGUAAGGCUACAUAAAUCUGCUUAUAGUUGAGAUGAUUUUGCCUAUUGAGGUCAAAGCUAACUACAAUCUCAUUUAAUGUCAAUCCCUGAACUUUGUGUACAGUGCAUGCCCAUGCUAGUGUGAUAGGGAAUUGUAGUCUUUGUAUCUCUGGUGAAGAUGGUUUUCCUGGUCUAACCUUUAUUCUAGCAAGUUUAGGUUGAAUUGGCACAACUCCAUUUUCUCUGGCAUAUUUAUCUUUACACUUUUCUGUAGCUUUUAUUCUAGCUUGAGAGUCUUCAAAGUUGAUGUAAAUAACAACUGGUUUUUGUGUGGUGUGAUUUAUGCCAAUUUUUUUAAUAGCACCCAUUUGUUCAUCAAUAAGUCUAUCAUUUACAUCUAUGUUUGUAGUAAGCAUCACUUGAGCAUUUCCUUUUGCCAAGAUUACAGAGUCAAGACCUCCUGUUUCUGAUCUUCCCCCAGCUAAUACUCUGUCAAGGUCUUGCUUCAUAAUAAUAAUAAUAAUAACUUUAUUUAUAUCGCGUCUAUAUCACUAAUUGCUCUAGGUGCUUAACAAUAUCACAAAAUGUAUUAAAAAACACUAAAAAAUCUAACAACUACAUAUAUAAGCAUGAAAACUAAAUAGAAAUAUAUUUACAAAUCAAAAGGAAUCAGCAUUUCUUAAAGAUGCGGGUAUGCUGUUCCAUAAUUUAGGUCCUGCAAUAGAAAAUCUUUGAUCACCGUUAGACUUAAGCUUAGAUCUUGGGACUUGAAGUAACUUAUUCGAACAAGAACGCAAAGAGUAGGAGCUGGUACAAAAGCUGAGCAAAUUGGAUAUAUAACUUGGUGAAAGUCCAUUGAUAGUCUUAUAUACUAACAAUAAGAUUUUAUAAGUAAUACAGUAUUCAACGAGCAACCAAUGUAAAUCUAUUAAAAUGGGAGUUAUAUGUUCAUACUUCUUUGUGAAUGUUACAAUGCACGCUGCCCUAUUCUGAACUAGCUGUAGGCGGUUGAAGAGAGCUUUAGGUAAUCCAUGUAGAAUUGCCUUACAAUAGUCCAAGUUAGUGGUCACAAAAGCAUGAAUAAUUGCUUCAGCAGAUUCACGACCCAAAUGUGUUCUAAUCUUACUAAUAUUAGUUCGAUGGAAAUGACAUGUUUUGCAUAUCUUUUUAAUGUGGUCUUCCAUAUCAGAACUGGGAUUGAGUAUCACUCCAAGAUUGUGAACAGAAGAGGAUGGUUGAAUAGUUUCACCCCCAACACCGGAACAAAUUCCAAUGAGGGACUGGGUUAAUAACGUGAACUUAGUAGAAGCAGCUCGGUUUUUUCCUCAUUUAGCUUAAGACCAUUAACAAUCAUCCAAUUGUUGAUUUCCUGUACAGAUAUUUCAAUUCUAGAUUUUACUGAGGAGAGAAGGUCAUCACUUCCUAAUUUAAAUGACACAUAAAGCUGAGUGUCAUCAGCAUAGAGAUGGUACAUAAGAUUGUGUCUCUUUAUGAUACCAGCCACUGGUGAAGUGGCUGGUAUAACAGAGGCCCAAGGACAGACCCUGUGGUACACCACAAUUAAGUUCACAUAACGAAGAUCUUGAGCAUUCAAUUUGAACAAAUUGUGUACGAGAUGAUAGGUAGGAUGCAAACCAUUUCAGUACAGACCCUGUUAUACCAUAACAUUCAGACAGCCUAUCUAGUAGUAUUUCAUGAGACACAGUGUCAAAUGCAGCAGAUAAAUCUAACAUAAGUAGUACAAUGGCUUCGUUUCUGUCAAUUGCAUGCAGAAUAUCAUCUUGCUUUGGAAAAUUUGGUGGAUAUUGGUCUGUAGCCUUAAAAGUAUAGAGAUAUGUUGUUAAAUGGUCAAGGUGCUCAUUAUUAUGCAUGUCAACAGGUGCAUUUUCAGCAAAGAUAUGCAAUGCAUGUGUUGGGUAACGGUAUUUGUUGGGUUGACAAAUCUUGACUGAAUGCAUUUCAUAUCACCUUUAGUGUGUGUUGCAGUUCUGAAUUUAUUUAGUAACUCUGUAAAUGGUUGGUCAUUUUUUGUCUCAUAAUUUCUGUUAACCCAUCAUUUGAAAAACUGACCAAGGAUGGCUUAAGUUGUGAACAUGAUUUUUGAAUUCAUCAAAUAUAGGCCUCCUACGGAUCAGUGGAAGUUGAUAUAAAUCACCUACAUCAAUAACACUUAGGCUUACAAACAGUUGGUUGUUUGGUGUGACAAAAUUUUAUUUCAGUCAUUGGUGGAUAUGCAGUAAAGUGGUGUUUGAUACCAUAGAGAUUUCAUCAAUGAUUAUUAGUUUUAAAUUUGAUAGAGCCAUUCUUAUUUAUGUUCUCUUUUGGUCCGAUAUUGGUGGAAGAUUGUCACCUGCUUCUUUAGGAAUUGCUAAAGCAGUAUGUAUCGUCGUACCAUUGAUAUUGAUGGCAGCUACUCCUGUUGGAGCUAUUAAUAGCACAAUUGGUUUUUAGGAUUUGUAAAUCCAUGCCUAAAAGUCUUUGCAGCAGUAUGAUAUAUUGCUUUAGUAAGGUGGGAUUUGCUUGCACCUGCACCUCCUGUUAUAAACAAAUGGAUUAGCUGUACAUGCACUGGUUUUAAGCUGUUCAUGUUUUUAACCUUGUUUCUACAUCAUGAUAGUACUAUGUUGUAUGCCUGGCAUUGCUGAGUGUUUAAAGAUCUCAUGUUUUUGCCAUUAGAAAUGAAAUGCUGUCAGAUACUUUUUUCUACUCAAUAAUAAACUGUGCAAAGAAAAGGUACUCUGGAUUUGUAGCAAACCGCCCACUAUAGUGCAACAGUUUGGCAUUAAAGUAUUUUACUGGUGAUAAUUUAGCAUCUCUUUCAGCAUUGUAACCAAAUUUACCAUUAGGAAAUUGUACUGGAAAUGCAAUUUCUUCACAUUGUUUAUCAGUCAUGAAAGACAGUGGAUGUGUUUUCUCUGGUGGCUAUAUUGUAAAUUUCUCUACCUGUAGAGUUAUUGGAGUUAUGUUCUUCAGUAACUAUAGGGUAAUCUGGAAUGACUGACUGUAGACAUGUCUCAUUGGCAGGUGACCAAUGCUCAUUUAAAGGGUCUUCCUCUUCUUCUUCAUUUUGGACUUCCAUGUUGUUACCCCGUGCAUUCACUAUUAUUUCUUACAAGAUUUUUAAGAAUCAGAACUGAAUCAGACAGUAUUCCUUCACUGUAAUCACUUUUAAGAUCUAAACUUACUUCAGUUCCACAAACAUCGACAGUUUUUGGCAAAUCGUCUGAUGGUAAAUACUUGUUUAAAGAUGAAUUUUCAUAUAAUCUUUUGCCAUACUGAAUAACAUUAGAUAGGGUGUUUGAAUUCCAAUAACUACAUGAUUUUAUUACGGAGUAGCGGAGUGAAUAGACGGCCACAGCACAACUCACAUUUAACUUUCUGGUUUCACAGGCAUGACUCUGAAAAACGGUACUAUUUUGAAUUUUAUUAAUGUUAACCCCUUUCAACUCAAAUAUAUCAUUGUUAUAUAUACUUUGAAAAUAAUGUACUAAGCUAUUCAGUGAUGAUACUUCAAGCAGUGCACAUGUACCUUGAGGAUGGCUUCUACCAUAAAUAUCCCUUGCAUGAGCAUUGAAUAUUUUCAAGCCCACAUUACCUUUACAAUAGAUAGCAACUGCAGUACAUCCUAUUGUCAAUACAAAAUUGUUGAAAUUUUCAGAUAUAAGUGAUUGAAAGGCUCUAUCCAAGGAGGUACAGUACUGAUAUUCUUGUAUUGUAGCGUCUUAAUGAAUAGUACCAGUAUAGCUUUCACUGUAUUGAAGUUCAUAGUCGGUCUCGAACACAUUUAAAAGUGCGGGUAAUUCUGUCUACUUUAAAAAUGAUUGUCUGGUUAGCUGAGACAAACUUGAAUACAACUGAUUUCCAAUAUUCAUUGUUGACACGAGAUCAUUAGCAGAACUGAUUCCUUGUUUGUUAUUGGAAAUCAACACAGUGUUGUCCUGAAUUUUGUCCAGAUACCAACUCAUUAGCUUGGCUAUGUGGUGCCGUUAUUAUUUUGCUAGGGUCAAUGUACAUUGGAGUAGGACCAGGGUUUUUCUCUAUAUCUGAACUCAGUUGAAAUUUACAAUAUUUUGAUGCGUGUGUCUGACUCUUAUAAAGACACGUGGGUCUAUUACAAGAAAACAUUGAUAAAUACCGCCUUGCUCUAUACUUCAAUUUAAUUAUCCUUUGAUAUACAGGGCGUGAAAUUGCGCCUAAUACAGGCGCCAUUGCGACUAAAUUUUUCCCUUUGGCGACCAAACCUUGAAAAUUAGUCGCCAAAUUGGCGACUAGAAUGUUUCAUCACAACCUCACCGAGAGAUAUAGUGAAUCAAAAAGAUUUGUAAAGAUAAAUCCGCGGCAAACUUCCUCGUUAAGUUUGUUUCCAAAACUCAGAUCAAGUAUCUCAAUCGAUAACUAGAAGCCAUCUUGGAUUUAGGUGAGCUUGAAAGUUGUAUAUCAUCCAUCCUAGAGUCCACUUUGUAGAACGUUAGAGAUCUUUUCCCUAAAUUAAUUUUGGAGGGUCUAUCUUAAACGUUGACAGCGUAAAAAAAGGUUUUGUUUGUCUUUGAAAAUGGCGACCAACUUUUUUUGAAUUGGCUACCACUUUGAAGAAUUUAGGAGCCAAGUGGCUAUCACAGAACAAUUCAACAAAUACUUCUUCUCGUGUUGUGUAACUUUAUUUAAUCUUACCCUCUUCGCAUGAAGCUUACAAACAUUCCUUGUAACUCUUCUAACCUUCACAUAACGAUGUAGCCAAGAGGACUUCGGUAUGCUUGGUCGAAUACGCUCAUAAACAAAUUACUUCAGUUUUCUGCCCUUUCUUUUGAGACGUUUCAGAGUAGCUUCUGGUAUUCUACUGGGUUCUCGAUCACUUCUAAAUACACGGUUGUGUUUUACAUGUAAACAUAAUAUGAGAUAGCUCGUUUGAUAUAGCAGGUUUCGCUUGAUAUUUCUCGAUAGAAGGUCCACUCGCAAAGGAUCGCUCACAAAUUGAUCUCUCGUAAAGUUCGCGGACCAACCCGUUCCCAAAACGCUCCACAAGUUUUAGUGUGGGUCUACCGCGAACGGUGUGUGACUUUGUGUGUAUAUUGAGCGUAAUAGCCAUCGAAUUUCUUUUGCGUACAUCAAGCAGGGGUUGUCCACGAAGGCAGCCAUUGCUUUAAAAAAUGCGCUCUAGGGUUCAUUCUACGCAUACGCUUACUUUUCACGCAUGCGUUUCGUGACUGAACGCAAAAAAAACAAAACAAAACAAAAUAAAAAACAAUGAAAACGAAGCCGAAUUUAUACCUCGGGCGUUUCCUUUGGAAAGCCCGAGUAAUAACGAUAAAAAACUAAAUAUACUUUAUCAUCCUCACGGUUGCUGUUGCUAUGAUUUAAAUACGCCACUUCCCGGGGGGUACUCCCUUAUUAUAAGUUAUAUAGAUGUGCUGCCCCCAACAUUAUGGUUUUUUAGCCGUUUUGGUCUGAAAACGGGUGUGGAUUUUGGACAUUUUGGUCUGAAAUUGGAUAUUUUUUGCCUGCUUGUUUGAAAUAGGGUAUAGAUUUUUGCCAUUUUUAAGAGUUUGGUUUGAAAUUGGGUAAGGAAAAUCGCAUAUUUUGGUCUAAAAUGGGGAAGUGUUUGAAUAAGCGGGUGGCACACCCCACCACAAGUUGUUCUUGCGAUCAAAGAGGACAAAAGCAUUUUGUAAAUGAAGGUAAAGAAGUAAAUAUACUCUGUCAAUAAUGCCACUUAAGGCAAAGAAGGUAUGUGGGGUUUCUGAUCCUCACAACACUCCUCCAUUCCUCAGAAUGUUAUUGUUGUUCAUCGCAAGUUGUUUUUGUCGUUGUUGUUCAACCAUGAGAAAAGUUAUGGGAGGGGCUAGACGUAAAAUGAAGGAUUUUAAUAGUGGGCACUGUUGCAAGCGCCAAUUUAUAGCGCAAUCCUUUUAUGCAUCACUGGCCCACUUGCUUUGUUCUACUACCCAGUCCUCUGUUGUUAAGAAACUAACCAGAGGUUCCAAGAAUUUGUGAAACUGCAAGGAAAGCAAACAAAUGGUGGUAUGUUUCACUUCUGCUCACUUUCAGUGAAAUGCAUCACUCCAAAGCCCCAAAGAGCUAGUUCCCUGUGGGCAUUACCGUAUCCUUCCACCUAACCCGGCAAUGAACCACCCCUACCCAUUUUCAGCCCACAGUUAUGAAGAUCCAUGCACACGGCAUACUUAUAUGAAGCUCAUAGCAAUGUAUCACACAGCACACGUUCAUAUUAUUUAUGUAUUUCAAUAAAAUUAGGCAAAACUGAAACAAAUCACGAAGUGCAAUUACACACAAAAACUCAUUCUCAUCCCUCAAAUAAUAUGAAUGAGUUGGCUCACAGAGCCUUUGAUUUGAUAACAGACGUUUAUUCAAACGAGUAAAGAUAACGCUGACAAAUUCGUAUGAUUAUUUAUGAAUGUUAUUACGAAAUGUCAACGUUUGCAUUUCACAAUUAAGAGAUGACCGAUCAAACAAUUCUUUUAUUUUUCUAUCAACAUCUUAGAUAACUUUGCCUAAUCUUUCAGUUCAAGGUUGCAGGGUGCUCCAGUUCGUCUCACUCAGGGAAGGGAAAGCUCUCGUAAAUCAAGUGAUCAAGAACAUUUCAGUCGGAAGCCCAGACGUCUGUGAAAUCGAAUGUUACCUUGACAACCGCUGUUUGUCUUACAACUAUGGUGACCAGAGUGGAGGAAGAUCCUUGUGUGAGCUGAGCGAUUCAGACCAUAAGCAACAUCCUAGUGAUCUACAAGAACGGCUGGGAUAUAUCUACCUGGUAACCGAGGUAUUGUAAAAGUUACUUUGAGAGAACGACUAUGAAGUGUCUCACUUUCCGUGGAACACAUUUCAAUGCUUAACCUUCCAGCUCCAGGAAAUAAUUAACACGUACGUAGCUUCUCCCUACAAUAUCAAUACACUAUCCAGCAAACAGGUAAUGAGAAGACAAGGCCCGUAUUAUUUUUAGAUCAUUAGUAGCACGCUCAUUGUGAUCAUUUCAGGUGCACCUGUGUAUGUUCGACGCUUAAAUAUGGGCCGGUAAUUUAUACCUGCAACGUUCCAACAAUAUUUCGUCGCACAAUAAUGAUGAAGAAUCAAGUUUUUCACUCAUUCAUAAAUUGCAGAAGAGCAAUUAUCCGGUUUUGUACAAGUUCAUAAUAGCAAGGCAAUUUACAUUUGAGAAGCAGCAAGGUUUGUUGCACAACAAGUCGCCCUUAGCCUCAAUCCUGUUAAAAGGCUUGGCAAGCAAGCGUGCAACUUUAAAAUGGACUAUUACAGAGACGCAGUUAUCCGUUUUUCCACAGGUGCUUUUGAUUAGUUCAUGAGCCCGUGCGUAUUUUCGUCGCUUAGAUAAUGCCUGGUGAUAUUUUAAGAGUAUUUUGUGACAAGAUAAUGAUGAGGAAGGGAUUCUUUCACUCAUUGAAACAUCGCAGAGAAACAGUUAUCCGUUUUUCGACAGGUGCAGCCCUUGAAAUAGAGAAAAUGGAUAACCUCGAUUACCGUGCCAUCUGACCAGUCAUCAUGAAGGAGAUUUCCAGCAGACAACGAUGUGUCCGAUUUUAGGAAAGACUAGACACGAGUGACAUGUCAUCUGACAUGAUGUUGAAAAUAGCACAUGGUAAGAUUGAUGUUCAUGCCCCCACCCCAAGAGAAAAUCAAAGCUAAGAGACCUAUACAGGCCCAGAAGAAAAAAUCUAAUUGAAGCACAAUACUUCCCGCAAAGCCAGGUUGCAAAGGACUUACGCACAUGCUCAUGACCAUAGAACGCACGUAAUUAAUGACAGUCAAAGACAAUUUUAUUUUGACCGUGUUGAGCAGAAGAGCUGGUCGUAGUUCUGUAAACUAGUACUAGAACGGAACAAUUAUUCAUGGCUGCAAAGGACUGAGAAGGCGUGACCAUCUAGGACGCACAGAAGUGUAUAUGUUCAAGUUGUUUCUUUUAAAAUUGAUAAAGUAAGAGUUGUCUCGUUUGCAGUCGUUCGUUAGGUUUUCACGCAACACGUCCCCCAAGAGAACGGGGCGGGAGGGGGGGAAGGGGGGCUAACAUCGUGAAGCAUUGCGUGACAUUCCUUAGAACGACUGUGAAGGAGACUAGAGAAAGAGUAAUUCUAGCCUGUGAGACCCUCGUUAUUAACGCUUCGGGACGAGCAUUUCUGCGCCCGCGAGAAAGUGUAAGGCCUCUUGCAACGCAAGCAGGCAAAAGACCUUGGCACUGAUAGCGCCAGACCCCCGGUAAACCUCUUCCCGACUCGUAUCAUAUCUUCCCGCGGGCAGAGAAAUUCUGGUCCUGCAGCGCUUAACAUAAGGGCUUGCCAACAGGUUAGAGUAGUUAAUGAGCGUUGUUCUUUGAAGGAAAGUAUUUGAAUGCCUGGAAAGGAGUGCCAUUCUUCGCAACAGUGCAGAAGUUAUUUUGGGAAGAGAAGCCUCAGACAGUCAUCGAGCUUGGCGCAUGGAAGGGUGGAUCAGCCUUGUGGUCAGCACAUAUGCUGAAAAUUUUAUGUGUGAAGUCACAUGUCUUUUCUAUGGACAUUGAUCUUUCUCCUCUGGAUCCAGUCGCCAAGGAAUGCCCUGAUGUAACUUUCAUUGAAGGAAAUUCGAGUGAAAUCGAAAAAUACUUCCCUCCAGAAUUGCUUCAGGUAAGAAAACAUAUUGCCAAUUAUCAUCCAUCAACUUGGGAAUAUCCGGUGAUAUUUCUCAGAUGAGAUUCGCUAAUUUUUAGAUAUAUUUCUUAUGUCCAAUACGAUCAAGUCUUCGUUAUGAAUUCAAUUCACGAUUAGAGAGGGUUUUUCUGUUGUUACAGAAGAAGGGACAUAUUUGUUUGUUUUUGAAGUCGUACCAAAAAAGAUUUGACAGAUGCCAAACAAAGGAACCUUCAUUUGGUGCGAAAAUAUAAUCGUAGAUUUGUCCAUGGACAUUAUCUGUUCCUCGUAGCUCAAAAGUCUCCUCGAGCUUCGCUCUCGCAAUACUGCUCGCGUCUGAGAACAGACGAUAUCCGAGCAUACUUUCUGGCCAAACGGAGACUGUUGUUGAUAUUUUACUGAAUUUGAUGAUCUAUCUCUAACAAAGCUUAACUGUAAGAGAAACCGCAGUUGAGCCUAGGUAACUUUCACCCACAGACUCUCCCACAUCCUUGGUUCAUUACCGAAGACGUGCAUAUUAAUAUAGUUGGAGUACUGAAAUACUUUGACAAAUUUACGGAGCCUGGUGACUACAUCUGUGUAGAAGAUACUAAUCCAUCAGCACCAAACCGGCCUGGCCAGGGACUAAUCAAAGAGCUUGGGUAUACUCCGUUUGGACAUUCGAAACUUGAUAAGUUAAAGGAAUUUAUGAAAACUCAUUCAGAGAGAUACCUUGUUGACCAACUAUAUACGGACCUCUUUGGGUGAGUGUUGAGUUUACGUAUUAAAAAUCAGCUUCAAAUUAAAGGCAAUAGCUACAAGAAAAACCUGGCGAUAAGGGACCGAUUAUUAUUUUUCACCUGAGGUGAGGGGGAGGGUCGGAGGAUUUUGGCCUUAACGUGUUUUCUACAUCCUACAUUUCACAUGGUGCAAAGCUUAACUAAGCUGUAAAACACGUGAUAGAUUUUUGGAACAAAUCCUCAAGCUGUUGCCCUCGUAAUCCAGGUUCGGAAACGGAAAUAAAUUUCAAACGCUAUUAAGGAUGAAGACGGGUAUGAAAAAUGAUGUUUGGUCUGAAAGACGAUCAUGCAGGAUCUGGAAAACCGGGUGGAACAACCUUUACUAAGAAUUGCGAAGACUAUUUCCCCAUCUCGUUCAUAUUUUGGAUCGAUCUCACAUCAAUGACAUUUUAGUCCCUGAGAAUUUUUCGUUAUUUGAGAAACGAUAAAUUCAGUGACAACAAUUAUUCCACAGGCCGCCUAUUUCCUUUGUCUCCGACCACCCACCCCCAUCGGGAGCCCUCGUUAAAUCCCCCACCCCCCCGGGGUUUCUUUCGCUUUGGGAUAACAUUUAAAAGAAAUUUUAUUGGCUGUGAACAGACUAACAAAGAUUCAUAUUUGAUUAUGACAGUGGAUUUUUUUGCUUUUGUAUGGCAGGUAUAAUGUUACAUGGAACUCAAACGGUUUCCUCAAACGCGUUUAGAGGUCAUUCAUCGUGUCUCUCCUGGGUUUCAAGAAAGAAUGAUAGAAAUCAUUCAAAAUAAGCUUGGUCAAUUCAUAGAAUAAAAAACUAGUUUGAAACAAAUUAGUAGUUAAUGAUUCACUUCGCAGCAACAGUCGCCUGCUAUUGUAUUGGCAGCUUCUGCUUCCAAGUAUUUUGGUCGUGGAAAGAUAAACUUAUGGGCACCUUCAGAUUAAGUGGUUUGUUACUUUUUAGCUUGAGAAAAUUGCACCUUGCCUGAUUUCGUGGCUGAACAGAUCAAUAAACAG